GGCCUAGGCCUACAUACUGCUAUUCUGACAACCGGGUGAUGUGACACAAUCACCGCCUGAGAAGCCCGCAUGAGCAGUUUGUACUCGGCAUAGGUAGGCCUAGCCUAAGCCUUGGUACCGAGUCCUAUUAAACUGUCAUUACUCUAGUCCACCGGCAAUUUUGAAAGUAGUAAAAACCUAAGGCAGACAGUACUCGGUGAUGCUCAAAUGCUUAAGAUUACUAUGGAGAUGAACCAAACAGAAACAGCUUUUGUUUCACCAGUUAAUCCAUCUGAUACAUUUCAAACAGGGGAACAUUUCAAUCUUCGGUGGUUUACUCCAACUAAUGAAGUGAAUCUAUGUGGGCAUGCUACCAUGGCAACAUCAGCGGUAAUCUUCGGAAAAAGAGAUAAUACUAAUGAACAAUUGACUUUCCAUACCAAGAGUGGUGAGUUAAUGGUAAGCAAAGUAGGUGAUGAGUAUGUGAUGGAUUUCCCACUCAACCACACAGCCCCACAGGAUCAAACACCAGUGAAGAAUCUAAUACAGAUGAGUAUUGGCAAGAUUAUACCGCAAGAUGUUCAAUACGCUCCUAAACCUCAUGGAGAUCUUGUUAUAAGGUUGCCAGAUUCAACAUCAAGAGAUGUUCUUGAGGGUCUGAAACCAGACACGACAGCCAUGAUGAAGGCAUUCCCAGAUGGCCAUAUCAAAGGAGUCAUCGUCACGUUACGUGGGUGUCCUGAAAAUGGUGCCAAGGAUGAAUGCGGCGAAAUUUUUGAUUUCAUGUCACGUUACUUUGACCCGUGGAAUGGAUUUCCAGAGGACCCUGUCACAGGUGUGUUAAGACAGAUGAUUUUCAUAUGCUAUUGUGCAUGUUGAGAUGAGU